AUGGGAAGCUUAGAUGCGCCGAGGACGGCGGGCAUCCAGAUUGCCAUCGAUCGCGGCGGCACAUUCACAGACGUCCAUGCCAUUGUUCCUGGCAAGGAGGACGACAUCGUCCUGAAGCUUCUCUCAGUCGAUCCCCAGAACUAUCCUGAUGCGCCAACGGAAGGUAUUCGUCGGGUGCUCGAGAGAGCACUUGACAAACCCGUUCCCCGCGGGCAGCCUAUCGACGUGUCUGCCGUCUCUAGCAUCCGUAUGGGCACAACAGUUGCGACAAAUGCACUUCUUGAAAGAAAGGGUGAAAGAUCCGCCCUUCUUAUAACAAAGGGCUUCAGGGAUCUCCUCGUUAUAGGCAAUCAGGCCCGACCAGACAUCUUCGAUCUGACUGUCUCCAAACCGGGAGUCCUGUAUGAGAAGGUCAUUGAAAUCGACGAACGAGUGACACUGGAGGGGUUUACAGAGGAUCCGGAGAGGAAGGUUGUAGAUGCCAGCUCAGAUCCCAAUCUCAUUGUCGGCCUGUCGAAGGAGGUCGUGCGCAUCAUGCAGAAGCCAGACCUUGCAGAUGUGCGCAAGAAAAUCCAGAGCCUCUACGAUGAGGGCUUCAGGAGUUUAAGUGUCUGUUUCAUGCAUAGCUACACUUAUCCAGACCAUGAACUCGCAGUUGCCAAAAUUGCGGAAGAGAUGGGUAUGAGCGUCUCCAUCAGCUCGCUCCUGCAACCAAUGAUCAAGAUGGUGCCUCGAGGGCAGUCUGCAACUGCAGAUGCUUAUCUUACUCCUCUAAUCCAGAAGUACCUUGCGGGCUUCCGGAAAGGUUUCAUCGGCCAACUAGAAGACUCUUCAAGCACAAGGUGCGAUUUCAUGCAAAGUGACGGUGGUCUCGUCAAUUUCCGCAAGUUUUCUGGUCUCCGUGCGAUCCUGUCAGGUCCUGCUGGUGGUGUUGUAGGGUAUGCACAGACUUCCUACGACAAGGAGUCAGCAAAGCCCAUCAUUGGUUUCGAUAUGGGUGGCACAUCAACAGAUGUAUCUAGAUAUGCUGGCUCCUAUGAGCACAUCUUCGAAACAACCACCGCAGGAAUCGCCCUACAGACUCCGCAGCUUGACAUCAACACAGUCGCAGCUGGCGGUGGUUCUCGACUUUUCUGGUCAAAUGGACUCUUUAAGGUCGGCCCAGAGAGCGCAGGGGCUCACCCAGGUCCUGCCUGUUAUCGCAAAGGUGGACCGCUUACUGUCACCGACGCAAAUCUCUUCUUAGGUCGCCUGGUGCCUGAGUACUUUCCCCAGAUUUUUGGCGAACAUGAGAACGAGCCACUUGAUGUCCUCGUUACUCGCAAGCACUUUGAAAAGCUCACAGCCGAUGUUAACGCCGAUCUUCCAACUGGAACUUCUAAGCUAACCUCGGAGGAGGUAGCUCUCGGUUUCCUCCGUGUGGCUAAUGAGAGUAUGUGCCGACCGAUUCGAACGUUGACAGAAGCCCGUGGUCACGAUGCCGCACACCACGACUUAGCUGUCUUCGGUGGUGCUGGCGGUCAGCACGCUUGCUCUAUUGCAUCUGCGUUGGGUAUCAGCCGUGUCAUCCUGCACCGCUUCAGCUCCAUCUUGUCCGCCUAUGGCAUGGCCUUGGCCGAUAUUGUUGCCGAUGUGCAAGCGCCUUUGGCCUGUGUAUUUGAUGAUGAAAAUCUGCCAUCGAUCAAGAGCACCGCCUCUGAGUUACGAGACAAGGCAGAAAGAGAAUUGAAGAGCCAAGGUCUCGACGAGGAUACAAUCGUAGAGUACGAGCUGUAUCUUCACAUGCACUACGGUGGCUCCGACACUCUAAUCAUGAUCUCUCAGCAGGGUGACGACUGGGACUUUGCAGCUAGAUUUAUUGAGCGUCAUAAGCAAGAGUUUGGCUUCACCAUGCCUCGUGAGGUCUAUGUCGGUGACGUCCGCAUCCGUGCUGUCGGUAAGAGCAGGGCUGGAUCGAACGUGACCGUUCCUGCGCAGGAGAUGAACACCACCGCCCUCUCUGCUGCUUCAGAGAAGGCUGUUCAGAUGGUGAAGGAUGUCUACUUCGAGGGUAUGGGCUGGCAGAAGACGCCGGUAUAUCUUCUCAAUUCGCUUCACUCCGGCAACCAAGUCAUGGGUCCAGCGAUGAUCAUCGAUGAUACCCAGACUAUCCUCAUUACCCCCAAUGCCACUGCUACAGCCCUUAAGCAACACGUUGUCAUUGACAUGGACUCUUCAGCCUCGGGCAAUGGCCUGGCUUCAGGACCGGUCCUUGAUCCAGUCCAACUGUCUGUAUUCGGGCAUCGUUUCAUGGGCAUUGCAGAGCAAAUGGGUAGGACCCUGCAAAAGACUAGUGUCAGCACCAAUAUCAAGGAGCGACUGGACUUUUCCUGUGCUCUGUUCUCAGAAGACGGAAGACUUGUUGCAAAUGCUCCUCAUGUCCCCGUACAUCUCGGAAGCAUGCAAUAUGCAGUGCUUUGGCAGCACGAGCAUUGGAAAGGCAAUCUCAAGGAGGGCGAUGUCCUAGUGUCCAACCAUCCUAUCUGUGGCGGUACUCAUCUGCCCGACAUUACGGUCAUCACGCCGUUCUUCAGUAAUGGCAAGAUUGUCUUCUAUGUCGCCUCCAGAGGCCAUCACGCGGAUAUCGGAGGAAUCUCUGCAGGCUCGUUGCCACCCAACUCCACUGAGCUGUGGCAAGAGGGUGCUACCAUCCAAGCAGUCAAGCUUGUCGAGGAAGGCGUCUUCAAUGAGGACGCGAUGCGCCGUCAUCUUCUUGAGAAGCCGGCCCAGUAUCCGGGAUGCAGUGGUGCCCGAAACUUAUCGGACAACUUGGCUGAUCUUCGUGCUCAGACUGGUGCUAAUCAAAAGGGUAUCAACUUAAUCGGCCAGCUAGUUGGUGAAUAUGGCCUGGAAACUGUUUUGUUCUACAUGAAAGCCAUCCAACAGAACGCCGAACUUGCAGUGCGUCGCCUCCUGAAAGAAACGUACGUCAAGUUUGACGGCCAGCCCCUUGAGGCCACUGAGUAUAUGGAUGAUGGUAGCCCUAUUCAUUUGAAGAUCACUAUCAAUGGCGAGAAUGGCACCGCGGACUUUGACUUCACCGGAACCGGACCUGAAGUCUAUGGAAGCACAAACGCCCCGACAUCUGUCACCUACUCAGCAAUCAUCUACGUCCUACGCUGCCUCGUAAAGGAAGACAUCCCCCUAAACCAAGGCUGCCUGACACCUAUCAACGUCAUCAUGCCACCUCGUACCCUGCUCUCUCCCAGCGCCGAAGCAGCAGUUGUAGGCGGCAACUGUGUCACCUCACAGCGAGUCACCGAUGUCAUCCUCCGCUGCUUCGACUCCUGCGCCGCAAGUCAGGGGUGCCUGAACAACCUCACCUUCGGCAAGAGCUCCAAGCUCGACGCGGACGGCAAAUACACUCCCGGGUACGGCUACUAUGAGACGCUCGCUGGAGGCGCCGGGGCUGGACCCGGUUGGGACGGCACGGACGGCGUGCAUGUCCACAUGACCAACACCCGCAUCACAGACGCCGAGAUCUUCGAGAGGCGAUAUCCCUGCCUGGUCCGGGAGUUCAGCCUGCGCCACGGAAGCGGUGGUGACGGCCACUACAAGGGCGGCGAGGGCUGCAUCCGCGACAUUGAGUUCCGCGAGCACCUGUCCGCCGCCAUCCUGUCGGACAGGAGAGUGCACGCGCCGUACGGUAUGCAUGGCGGCAAGCCUGGCGCGGUCGGUGUGAACUUGUUCAUCAAGAAGCUGCCGAACGGAGAGGACCGAGUCAUCAAUCUGGGGCCGAAGAACUCCAUAGUUGCCCGACCUGGAGAUCGCAUGGUCAUCAUGACGCCUGGUGGUGGCGGCUGGGGAGAAAGGGGAGCAAGAGAGGCGGCCAAUCCCAGUGACGAGCUAGCUGCUGGUAAGGGUGUGCCUUAUAUCGUUGGCGGAGGCAGCGUUGCCUCCAUUCAAGCCAUGCAAAACAGCAACUAG